AUGGACAGUUUGCGAUUAUUUGCCAAGUCUUCGGCAAAAAGCGUGAGAUCCUUUCUCCAUAUACAUGACGAAGUAAAUGGAAAUCACUACGAUGAUAUUGAAGUUCUCGAUCUUUUCGACUGGGAAGUGAAGUCGUUGGAGGGAGUAGUGCGUCCCAAUGCCACCCAGCGAGAAGUGGCGGGGACGUGCACUCCGCCACCGGGAGUGCCUACAACCUGUUGUAUAGGGAGCUUUUCAACGGGAGGCGCUGUCACAGCCGCCAACAGAGGCAAAUGCGCAAAGUCUCUCAUUGAGGAUGGCGGUCUCGAGGCACUCAGACAGAGCACACUGCAAUUCUUCAAGGACAAUGCCUUACGCGAGAAUAAUGCAAUGGCAUGCGAUGUUUGCCGAAUUGUUGAGAUAGCUCGGAGAGAUAACCUCACGGUUGCUCUAAUGGGGGAUUCGAUGCAUAACCAGGUCCACGACGGUCUGCUGUGCGAGUUACAAAGACGAGGUUACAACGUAACAACGGAGUACAUUGACUAUAACCCCAAGAACGAAGUUACUUGGAUUUAUCGACGCUUCACUUUGAGCAUAUUACUCCACAUCCAAUCGCCAUCGUGGGGAGAGCAGGAAUCCAUCACGAUUGCAUUCCAUCGAAUGUACUUGCUGCCGCUGGUAUCAGACGACGUAGCCAUGCUCACAGCCAACAUUGAUGUUCUAGUUCUGGGCUUUGGACUGCAUUGGUGGUACGAUGAGAAUCAACCACAUGUGUUUCGGACUCCGAAAUACUAUGUUUCCGCCAUGAGGGACCUGUUUCGUAACGUUACAGAGCAGGGGACUGUCAAGCUACUUGCUCAUCGAGAAACAUCUGCCCAACACUUUGACGCAGACGGUGGAGAAUUCUCACUAUGGUACCCCAAUAGAGAGCACCUGUCGCAGGAAUGCAAACCAAUGCUCUACGACGGAGAAUCUGUCGCUUGGAGGGAAAAGGCGAUUCAACGAGCAGCCAAUCAAUCUGGCCAUACCUUGGUUAUGGCAGGACCCAACAUGCCACCACACCAACACAACACCAAUCAAGGUGUUCAGGAAGUUGUUGUUUUGCCCUACUUCAACUUCACGGCCAAACACCACGGUAUGCAUCCGCUGCAAGGUGAAGACACGCAUGACUGUACCCACUACUGUUCCAGUCCGUACGUUUACUACCCAAUCUGGAGAUCACUACGGUUUGCCAUGGAGAGACAAUUUGCCCAGUAG